ACGCCGCGUUAGGACAAGUGGCUAUCGAUAGUCAGCGAGUGAAUGUUAAUAGCUGAAAUCUGAAGGAAGUGAUUUUACUACGCUUGUGUAUGUCCGCAAACGCGUCUUCGUCUAGGACCCGGGGCUUCCAACGCGGGUCUCCAGCGUUGUCGUGUUUGCUCCUCCUUCCGGUCUGGGGCUCAGAAAGUAUGGCGCUUUCCGCCAGCGCAAGGUUAGUGUCCUUCAGCGGCUCCUUCAGGGCGCUUCUGAUGCCUCUGAGGGUGUCGGCGGUGCGCUACGGGGUUCCAGUCUCCAACACGGGAGAGAAGAUCACACAUACGGGGCAGGUCUUCGAUGAAAAUGAUGUGAGAAGAGCCCGAUUCAUUGGCAGGCAGAAGGAGGUGAAUGAAAACUUUGCCAUUAAUCUGGUGGACGAGGAGCCCAUUUCCUACGUGGAGACCAACGUGGUGUCGUGCGAUGGAGGUGGAGGUGCUCUGGGCCACCCUAAAGUUUAUAUAAAUCUGGAUAAAGAAACAAAAGUUGGCACUUGUGGAUACUGUGGCCUGCGAUUUCAGCAGAAGCAUCAUCACUAAAGCAGCUGCUCCUGCCAAUUACAUAUGUUGUCUACUAUUGUGCAAAUAAAUUAUUUUCU